ACCAUCAUUCCAAUCUUCUAUCGUCCGUGCUAAAUACCAUGAAAUUAAGUAGCUAAGGUCUAGUGGACCUAUUUAAACAAGGAUAUGCUGAUCCUUCUCUGUCGACUUUUCCACUAUCAACCCCAAAAACCCAAGUCUGCCUUACGUAAAGGAAAUUAGUACGAUUCACUUCUGGAUUUGAAAUCACUGCUUAUACCAGGUAUUGGGCAUACAAGAACAUUCUAUAGUAUUAGUAAGAGGAGGAAGGGUUAAGUAUCUUUGAACUCGGUGUGAGAUAUCGCAUUAUUCGAGCUGGAUGCAGUCGCAGUAAAGAAUCAUCAACAAGGGCGUUCUAAAUAUGGGGUCAAAAAGCCAAAAAAAAUAAGUGAUUUUAGCCCUUAUAAAAAGAAAACGGAAUCUUGAACCUCUUUCACGCUCAUGUCACGUCGAGGUACUGCAGAAAAAAGAACUGCAAAAUCUGAUCCAAUUUUUCGUAAUCGAUUAGUUAACAUGGUGGUUAACCGUAUUAUGAAAGACGAAAAAAAAUCAUUGGCUUAUCAAAUUCUCUAUCGAGCCGUGAAAAAGAUUCAACAAAAGACAGAAACAAAUCCACUAUUGGUUUUACGUCAAGCAAUACGUAGAGUAACUCCCAAUAUAGGAGUAAAAACAAGACGUAAUAAAAAAGGAUCGACGCGGAAAGUUUCGAUUGAAAUAGGAUCUAAACAAGGAAGAGCACUUGCCAUUCGUUGGUUAUUAGAAGCAUCCCAAAAGCGUCCGGGUCGAAAUAUGGCUUUCAAAUUAAGUUCCGAAUUAGUAGAUGCUGCCAAAGGGAGUGGGGAUGCUAUACGCAAAAAUGAAGCGACUCAUAGAAUGGCAGAGACAAAUAGAGCUCUUGCACAUUUUCGUUAAUCCAUGAAAAGAAUCUAUGUAUGUAGACACAUGGAUCCGUACAUCUCGAUCGGAAAAGAAUCAAUAGAAGGAGAAUCAGACGAUAUCUUUCUCGAAACAAACAAAAAGGAAAAGAAAGAGAAAACAUAAAUCAUGAUCAACUAAGCCCUCUCGAGGGCUUGCUUAAGAAUAAGAAAGAAGAAUCUUAUGGAAAUAGCAUGGAAUAAGGUUUGAUCCUAUUCAUGGGGAUUCCGUAAAUAUCCCAUUUCAAAAA